AUGGCUCCCAGAGCGAAGAAAACCCCUAGUGCAAGGCAAAGAAAGUCAGUCACACCAACUGAUGAUGCAGGAGAUGCCGCUGUGAAGCAGAUCAAGAUUCAAUGGGAGAAAGAGCCGGUGAGGACACAGCAGCUGGUGGAUUAUCUCAAUGGUCACGAAGAGUAUAGAAUAGCUUUAUUUUCAGACUCUACAAAGGAGGCCAAGUCCCAAUAUUGUUGCAAGAUUAUUAACAAGUCCUCUGCAAGUAAAUCUGAUGUUUACAACAUCAUGAAGUAUAGCAAGGCUAUCAACAAUCACAUUGGAAACUUAAAAAACAAGUAUCAGGCUUUCAAUUGUGAACUUGGGGUAAUAGGCUCUGAUCUCUGUUAUGAUGAUGUUGAGACCAGCAGCCACCUCUGGAAUCUCAUCACAUGUGGCUCCUCAUCAGAGACUUCAAGUCUCAUGGAUCCUGACUUUGUUGGCACAGGCAAAGAGGAUGAUACACUGGAGCCCCUGACCCCUGAGGCCUACAGGAGUGGGGGGUGGGGGUGCCGGUUUAAGACAUGA